GGAAGGGAAAGGUCAAAAAUAUCAACAGCGUAGCCAUCAGCAGAAGAAACAAUACAUCGGCACUUAGAAAAAUGAGCUUGUUUGUUGAACUAUGCGGACAAUCACUCUAAAAUUUGCAGCACUAGACCACCUUGUUGUCCCAUUUUUUAUUCACAUUAAUUUUUUGAAAUGUUAAAGUGUUAAGAAAAAUACUAACCUUGUAACUUCAUAUCACUAUCAAUGGCAAUAUCAUCAGCUGUUAAUGUCGAAGCAAAGUCCCUGAUGGAUGGCAUUCAACAACCGCCUAAAAUUACCUCCAAAAAAUAUUCAAGAUCGAGAGAAACGCCAACAUCGUCCUCUCAAAAUUCUUCAAAGAAAGCCUCGGUGGGAUUCUCUACCAAAGAGGCUCUGCAUAGGCUGCACUCUGGCAUUAAUGAUCUCCUUGAGGAACAGCAAUGUGCCAAAGUCAAAAGUCACAAGUACCCUUGGAUUUUCGAUACUUUAUAUUGCAAGAGCGAGUACACCACUUGUUGUUGGACGUCUACCCUAGCACUUCUUAUUACUGCAGUGUGUUUGGUUGUUACGUAUGUUAGCCAUGACCAUACAAGAUUGGGCACUUUACCACUUGAGGCUGUUUUGCUUCUAUUAUUGACAACAGUUAAUGUUUGUGCUGUUGCUUGGGACAACAAGUUGAGGCACAAGGAAAUUCCACUUGGUGUUGCAGCUCUGCUACAUAAAGUGAAAGAGGCAGUGGAUUUUAGCGAGUGGAAACCAGAAAACUACCCCCAUCUGUGUUCUCCUCUUUCCCCUUGCAUCACACUACAGUGGACGUACAGAGAUGGAACUCUGGUUAAUUUGCCAUGGGCAUUGCUGGUAGCAGGUGAUGUCGUGGUCAUGAGGCCUGGACAACCUGCGCCUGCCCCAUGCAUUCCACUUCAUACUGAUAAGGAUUUACCAAUCCUUCAAACCGGUGAACUGUUCAGCCCUGCUCCAAACAAGAAGCCGGAUAUAUUCUCUGUGCCCAUGUCUCGAGUCCCUCUUCAAAAUGAAGAAUAUGUUCUUGAACAAACACCAUACAUUAAUAAUUUGCGAAUAGCUAUGGAACAAGCUCUUAAUCGACCUAUCACCUAUUACAACCGUCAAAGACAUACUCUCAUGGUCAAAUAUGUCGAGCUAAUAUUUCUACCCAUCCUUUUGUUGCUUGUGCUACUUGUCAAUCUUGUACGGCUUGGUUAUCUUCAUCGUUUAGUCUCAUGUGGACCAUGGAUUGAAAUGAUAUUACUGCAGCCUAUUGCAGUAGUUCUACCUCUUUUACCUGUGGUAUUUCCUACAGUAUGGCUUCUCCUAAAUUGUCUCGGAAUGGCUCGGCUACUUGCUAUACUUGAUGUGUCACCACAUGAUCAUAAUAAAUGUUUGGAUCCUUUUGAGGAUGUGGAGGCUGAACCACAACAGAAUCCUAUCAAGCUACCAUGGCAGUCUAUACGAAAGCAUCUAUUAAGUGUUUUUCUAGGAUCUGAGCCCACUCUUUGCCGCUCUGCAAAUAUCUUACAUGUUUUAGGAUCAAUGACAGCUCUUUGCUGUAUUGAUAAGAAAGGAAUAUUAUCCUGGCCCAAUCCUACUGCCGAGAAAGUUUUUUUCCUACGUAAUGCUAGCCCUACCUCGCAUUCGUCAAGCUUGGUUAGUGAAGAUGCUGCAUUGUACACUGAUACAGGAGCUGUAGCCAAUUCUGUAGAAAUAAUUGAUGCUUCUGAAGACACAAAAGCAGCCGGCACUAAUAUUGAGUCCUCUACUGUUGCUGAAGUCCUUGAUCUGACCCACGACCAUUCUAGUCCAUUUCGACUACAGUUUGAUGAUCAUACCUGGAAACAACAUUUAUCCUCAUUGAAGCCUUUGGGUUUGGCAAUUUUACUGAAUACAUGUAAUAUGGCUACACAAGAACACUAUGCUGCCUUCUGUGCUCAUGUUACAUGUGAGGCUCUUCAUGAUGAAGACCUGGUUCCUGUUACCAACCGCAGGAACUACCCUAUUGGUGGGGAUGUGGCGGCCUUACCCGCUUUCAACAAGUGUCUUUGCGAGCUGGCGAAGCAGAUUGGUUUUGUUGACCAAGCCCAGGAUUUGUUCCAAUUGCAACAACAACUGUCAACAUUCAGGCAUGUGCAACCAGAAUUAGCAAGGAGAGAUAUUAAGUUUGCACGUUCAUUGCCUAAUGCUACAAAGCUGAAAUUCCCCUUUCCUCAUAUGGUUGCUGUAGUUGUUCAAGAGCAAACAAGCCAUUCACUGCAACUUAUGUCCCAAGGCACAGCUGACAUUAUUCUUGAUUCGUGUGUUGAAUACUGGGAUGGCCGUGAUUUGUGCACUCUGUCACAAUCCGACAGGAAGAAGGUUUUGGAUUUUUAUCAACGCUCAAGUCUUACAGCAUAUUGCACUGCAUUUGCUUAUCGUCCUCUCUCAAGAGCCAUCAGCCCUUACUUGGCUAAUGUCUACCUUGAGCUACCAGCUGACAGUCGCCAUUUGUAUGCACCUCACAGGAGUCCAACUCCGUUAGCAUUGGACAGCAGGUCUAAAGGUCUUCUGGCAAACUUCCAAUCAACUGAUUCCUUGUUUGGCUAUGACAACAAAGAUACUGAAGUUACUAGUGUUGAGGAUUGUUUUGAGUUACAAUGUAAUCAGGUCUUUGUAGGUAUGGUUACAAUGCAGUAUCAGGCACAAAUUGACAUGGUUAAACUCAUCGACCAGCUCGAACGAGCUUGUGUACGUUUUGUACACUUCAGCAAAGAGAAUGAACUGAGAUCAAGAGUAUUCUCUGAAAAAAUGGGUUUAGAAAGUGGUUGGAAUUGUCAUAUAUCUCUGCUGAGUGAACGUAACAGAUCGGGCAGUGAUACGAGUGAUAUCAGACCAGGUCCCCCACGAUACUUCUCUAAUGCUCACCUCGCAUCCUCAAUCAAGCAACAUAUCAACUUACCACGACAAUUUAUUCCAUCACGCAGUAAUCUUCCACAGUCCAGAACAAUGAGUCUGUCAGCACCAAGUGCUAUAAAUUUAGAACAUUCAUCUCCACCAAACCCUCCUGAUUGGGAUUCAGCUCAGCAUAGGGAAGCCUGUGAUGAUGAAGGUUUAGCAAGCCAAGAUGGUUUGAAUGAUGGCAGUGCCCAGCCCAAUCAAGAUGCCUGGCGUUCGCUUAGUUGCCUGACUGACUCAACUGAACAAAGCGCACCAAUUAAUUUUGAUAUGUCCAAUAGGGCUAAAUUGCCUCGUGGCAUUGACAAAAUACGUCCGCACCUAGAACAAAUUGAUAAUGUCCCUUUGCUCGUUUCCUUAUUCACUGACUGCACAGCCGAUGCAACACGGGAAAUGCUUCAUAUAAUGCAAGAAUAUGGCGAAGUUGUGUGUGUGCUUGGUUCUGCUGCUAAUGCAGACAAUAUGGGAAUUUUUCUGCAAGCUGACGCAAGCAUUGCUGUGGAGCCUUUAUACCCUCAAGUUUGCCAGAAGGUAGCUGUAUUAAAUCCAGUAUCCGAGCGACAAGGCCCAGGGCCCACAGAUCUUAGCAGAGCGCUAAAUUCUGUUGUGUGCUCACUUGGAUUUCGAAGAGACAGGCCCAUUUCGCUUUUUCAACUUAUUAUGGAGGCUCGUCAUUUCAUGCAGUGUGUAUGGAAUUGUGUCCAAUUUUGGGUUUGUUGUGGUGUGUCAUUGAGCACUCUUCAAACACUUGCGGUGUUCCUCAUGCUGCCUCCACUAUUCACAACUGGCCAAGUUAUGUGGUUUGUUUGUGUUGUCAUUCCUGUGCUUUCCCUCUCUCUGGUCGGAAGUCCAACAGAUCCUCAAGUAAUGCAAAGACCUACUAGCAAUAAACAAGGGGCAGUCAUUUCUUCAAGAAGGGUGGCUAUUUUUGUUGUUUGGUGCUAUGGAGCAAAGUUCUUACCAACUGUUGUUGUAGUAUUGUUCUUAUAUGCAGUCACGUUGGAUUCAUUUUGUUUGCAAUUGACUACGGGGCACAAUACAACCUGUACAAUGGUGUAUCCAUCAAUUGAAGCGGAGGCUCCAUUCAAAUGGGGUGGUUGGGAUGAUCAUUUCUUUGGUCUGCUCAUAGCUCAGCAUUUUUCAGUGAUGGUGCUAGUACUUCAUUUUGUGUGCAUUUCUGUUAGCUUCGUACAUCGAGAAUAUUUGUCAUGGCAUAAGUGGCCUCAUAACAAUGUGUGGUGGCUGUGCACUUCUUUCCUUGUCCUACUGCUUCAAGCCCUUUAUUCAGUCUUGUAUUUAGGGGCUAUGUCACUUGAAGCACCCAAAGAUGCUUCUCUUCUCUAUGUACCCUGGUUCUCUAUGGUUAUUGCCCUUUUGUCACCACUAGUCAUCUGCAUGAUAAAUGAAUUUGUCAAAUGGGAAGAAAUAAAGGCAAAUGUACGAUAUCAGAAGAGGGCACGACUUGAAUUUGGAACCAAGCUAGGAAUGAACUCUCCCUUCUAGUGCCUAACAGUGAAGACUUUUGAAUUCUGCAGUAUGGCUGUACUAAGAAUUAAUUCUGAAAUGUGCCGGGAGGGCCAUUUCUUUGCCAAUGUAUUGUAUAUUCUUGUCAAUGUUAUAUGGACUUUGAUGGCUCUUGUGAUAAAGACUUAAAUGAAGGUGAUUCUGCUUUACAAAUGACUCUGUUACUAAAAGUGGAGAACCAAUUAAAAUAAUCAUGUUCCUAAAUGGCCUUUUUCAAAUGUUCAAACUUAAAAGAUCGCUUCAUGUUGCCAUUAAGACUUAAGGUCCACUUGUUUGGAACUGAUUUACUGUGAAUACAAAGAAAAAGAAGUAUUGUAGAACAUUAGAGUAUUGUACCUAAUAGUUUUGUUUUUUAGUUGUUUGAAAUUAACAUAUCAUAUUCAGCCUAACUAAUUUAGGUAGGAGAAGAGAUGUGUAGGCUGGACAAACAAAAGCAGUUUUGUGUUCAAUAGAUAAAUGUGUACUUAAAUCUGUAUUUCUCAUUGUUUUAUUGUUGUUUUAUUUUGUAAACUAAUGUCACCACUUUUAAAUUUGGAACAACUCCUUAUCCAGAAAAUGUAAGAAAGAUUUGUCCUAUUCUACUAACAGUUAAGGGUGUUAAGGACAAGACAGUCAUUCAUGCCAUAUCUUCACCUUAAGUACAAAACUGCCAAUAUUUGUUCUUAGUAAAGUGUUCUUAGUAAAGUGUUCCUAUUUAGUGCGUACUGCCAUAACAAUUUUUUUUUGUUUUACAAAGAUUUUAAAAUAAUUCAAUUUGUGAUGACCAACUCAGAAAAGAACUUGUCAACUGCCUCAGCGAAGCUAUUGUUUGUCUUUCUUCGUUUGUUCCAUUUGAUUAUAUAUCUGAAAGAUGUCCAUUUUAUUAUCUUUUUUCAAGUUACAGGAUUUUGAAGUUAUUGUUUAUCACCUAGUAAUCAAUUAUAAGGUAGACCGUCUCAGGCUGAUCAAAGAUUUUAAUUGAGUUUUAUUGUCUGUACUUAUUUAUUAGGGCUUGAGCAGCUUGUAUAUUUUUCUAAGACCCUCUAUCACCUCAUACUGGAUAUAAUUAUGAUCUCUGUGUGAUGCAAGCUUUUUGUUUGUUUCAAUUACUUUCUUUUUAUUAUCAUCUUUGUAAGCUUUAGUCAUUAAAUUGUGAACUUACAGUAUUUAAAAUAAAGACCAGGUCCUAUCUGCAUUACAAUACGUAAAUUGAUGUAAACGUCUAUUUUAAGUUUCUAUUUCCUUUUCUGGAACCCUUUGUCAUCCCUUCAAACUCGAUGGACAAAUGCUAACCCAUGCCUGCUUUGUUUCUAUUUUGUUUAAUCGCAUUCCAUAACUUGGUACAUACACUUCAUGUAAGCUUGCUAUGUUCUGUUUCAUUCCUACUCAGUGUUCUUGCUUCGUAUACCUCACUGUUGACAUUGUGCAUUCAAAGCUGUAUGUUUAUUUUUCCCUUGUGAUAAAUAUAUGCCAUAUACUAAUUUAAAAAAAACAAAACAAA